UGGUCUUCCACGUAGGAGCAGCCUCCACGUGGAUGCUGCUGACAACUUUGCUGACGGCUAAAACGCUUGCAGUCGGUCUCGCGCUACUGGUGUUCAAGAUUGCUGCCGGCUCCGCUAAGUUGGCGUCCUUCUUUACCCAACUGAAGCACAGCAAAGAAGACCAUCACGGGUACUCGUCGGCGUGGACCCCGCAUUACGAACACCAUGAUUAUCACAUAGAGCACCAUCCCGAUGAACAUGGUACGAUAUCCCAUCCAGGCUGGACACCCAACUACAUACCACACCACUAUCACGAAUACAAAAACGAGUUUCACGAUUACAAAAACAAUGAGUUCCAUGAAACUAAAAAUGACGAAUUUCAUAAUUACAACACACACGAUGACAAUGACUACAAAACAAUUACCACACAUGACAUCCAGGGUUCCUAUGAAGAUUAUAAUCAUUUGGAAGGUGCCAAGAAAAAACUUGACAGUAAAGUAGGGUAGUUUUUUUGUUUAGGUACGUAUAAAAGUACA